AUGCAGUCCACCGACUCCUUCGUCAUUCACGACGACAUCUCCCCCUCCUCCGACAACGACGAGAUUGACUCCCUGCCGUCAAUAUCCAGCAGCAUACUCGACUCGGAGGACGACUUGGAUGCUCAGGAGGAAUGGGAGCGUAGCUUGGAGCAGGUCCAGCUGUUGCUGACGAUGGUCAUCGUGCCUUUCGCCGGCAAGUACCUGGGUCGGAAGUUUGCAUACUGGAGUUGGUCGAGAUACAUGGAAUGGAUGCACAACGUCGAAGUGCGGUGGACGAACAAGGGAGCCUUCAAGGCUGCCGGCGCGGUUGAAGCUGCGGCCACGUUAUGA